UUCAUACUCUAGGCAGAGGCUUAAAUGCUUCUUCUUCGCUGGAUGCCCAAUAAGGAGUUUUCUGUUCACGAAACCUGAGGAUUAUAGAAAUCGCGUCGCAAUGGCUGCUUAUAAUGUGGUUUCGGCUGAGGCGGAGAACAAGCGUCUGGAGAUAGGGGUUUCGGUUAUAAGGGCUUACAUGGAUGGCAAAUCAUGUCUCGCCCCGAUUGACACAGGACGCAGUAACCUCAGGGUCCUCGAUAGUGCUGCGAGCAACGGUGCUUGGUUGUCACAAUUACAGGCUUCCCUCCAGGACCCGGGCUCAGCUACUUUGAUCGGGACCGACAUCCAAGACCGCUUCCCCGACCCACCGCAUCCAGGCAUCACCUUGCAAAUUCAAGACAUCACCGAGCCAUGGCCGGAGUCGUGGAGGUCUAGCUUUGACUUCGUGCACCAAACACUGGUGAUAUACCAAGCGGGGCCGAAGCUACGCAAAGUACUCGGCGCGCUGACAGAGCUCGUGAAGCCCGGCGGGUGGAUCGAGCUCAUGGAGCCGCAGUACGGAUUCGGCGAUGAUGGCGGGCCAGCUUAUAAGCAAUUCGGCGCCAUGGUCAACGAGCUCUGGGACCUCAGAGGAACCAAGAGCGACUUUGCGUCAGACUUGGAGCCGUUUUUAAAAGACGCUGGUUUCGUGGACGUUAAAACAGUGGUGCUGUCUGUCGGCGUAGGUCCCAAGGCGAAGAGUCCGGAUAUAGCUGAUAUAACGGUCCAGAGUAUGAUAGGCGGAGGCAAAAACAUCCCUUUGGCCGCGAAACGCAUUCCUGGCGGGUUCAAAUGCAUCUCAUCGGAGGAUCUUGAAACUUGGCCAACUCGUCUGGAGGAGGAAUUGAAAACCGAAGGCGCCGUUACCAAAAUGCUAGUAGUAUACGGUAGAAAGCCCGAUGUAUAGUGGUGCGUAGGGCCUACUUGCUCUCAACUGCCUAGCAGGUAGGUAGGUAGGUAGGUAGAUACACCGAUAUAAAAGCGUCCUGGUCCCAUUCUAAUGAUCCAUGGAUCUCAACAAAAUGCGCAAACUGUGAUAUUGACUCAAGCUAUUUACUGACUAGGUUCCCUGAGUGUUCCAUCUAGUGUUACGCUUGGCAUGUCUUUGUGGGUCGAACCCCUUAUUCUCUGAAGCGGGAGUCUCGGGACAACGAUACUAGAGUCGCGAUC